AUGCUAAUAAAUUGCGAGUACGUGAAGGGAGAAAAUCACACAAUUUACGUUAAAAAGCUAAAUUCCGUUGCUGAGUGCAAAAAUGUUUUAGCUCAAGAAAUUGAUGUUGAACCAGACAGAAUUAAUUUUGUAUAUCAAGGAAAAUUACUUAUUAACGAACGUACAAUCGAUUCAUAUGGAGUAACAGACGGAACAAAGAUAUUUUACACUCUAAAGCCAAAAAUUGAAAAACCAUUACCAGCUAAAAAGAAAGAAGAGGAAAUGCCAUCAAUAUUUGACGGAAUUACAGAUAACCCUUUAAUCCAAGGAAUGAUGAAAACUUUCAAAGAAAACCCUGAUAUGGCAGCCAGUGCUCUUAAAGGUAUUUCAGGAUUUAAAGAGGAUACUAACAACGUAGAUAUGAAUUACGCAUUUAAUGAUGGCGAAACAUUUUCUGAAGUUCUUGAUUUAUUUUCAAAAGGUAAUAAAAGACAAGCAGCGAAAACAAUGGACAAUAUGCUUAACAUGGCAAGCGCAGCAGAUCCAGGUAUGCUACAUACAAUUAACAGAUACAUGAACUCAUUCGAUACAUCUGAUGCUCUUGACAACUUAUAUGGAGCGAACAACAUCAAGAUGGUUAUUCCUGAUAACAAUCUCUCAGCACCUGCCGAAUCCCCACUUCCUGAAUCUCCUGCCCCUCAGCCAAACUUUUUCAUGAUGCAGCCACAACAACAACCUGCUCCACCAAGAAUUAACGAGCUACCAGAGUUUACAUCUGGAUUAGAUAAAAUACGUAGAGGAAUAAGAGUUUUACAAUCACGCGGUUUUGUAAUGAAUGAUUCAAGAAAACUCUUCAGAAAUUGUGAAGCAGAAAAGCGCCGAAGGAUUGUAAAUUCACUUCCACCGUACCAGAAAUCAAAUUAUUUAGGAAAUGCCCAAUUAUUAUACAGCAGAGGCUUUUUGAACCUUGAUGACAAUAUUUUUGCUUUGUAUGCGAAUAACAAUGAUAUUCGUAUGGCUCUCCAAUACUUGAUGGACCUCGAAAGACAAUAA